AUGGGCAGCUCUCUCUCCACCCCAUCACAACCACCAGUCCCCUCCUACGCCCAGCAAACCCUCUCCACCGCUGCCAAGCGCAAGCCAUCAUCAAGACCGCCGACCCCGCCAUUACGUAUGUCAUCAGCGCCGCACCCAAGCAGCAGCGUGCCGAUGUCUGGGGCUGAGGGUGAGACCGAAGCCGACGUUGAGCGCGCACGACGAGCCUCAACACCACCACAGCAAGAGUCUUCAUCUGCAUUUGUUGAUUGGCCUACGGGCAUGGAGCCUUCACUUCUCUCGCCGAUCCGGCGCACGUCCGAGGAUGAGGACGAGGACGAGGAUGAGGAUGAAGAGCUUCCCCUCCCACCCUCCGAUACACCACUACCACCCGAUGAUGAGGAUGAAACCUCAUCAGGUCUCUCGUCCCCACCACUAUCAUUGUCAUCGCGAUCGCCGUCACCGUCACCAUCACCAUCACCAUCACCACCAUCACCAUCACCGUCAUCAACAUCAUCCAAGAAGCGCAAGCCGAAGAAGCGCAAGACAGCCGCAGAGAAGGCUGCGCUGUGGAAAGCAAAGCAGGCUGCUGCGGAUGUCACCAAAGCGACGCGCAGCAACGUCGACAGGGGUUUAGCCACGCUGGACUUGAGGAAGUGGGUUGGUCAUGAUGGCGCUGCUGAGACUCGGGUGAAGAGAGUGGGUGAGGAUCUGGCGAAGGGUGUUGGAAAGCGACGUCGUCGCCGUUGA